CCGACAGGAGGGCAAGAGACAGCAUUCGCUCUCGAGACACGACAGAGGAAAGAUUUCGCUGCAACUUCGCCAUGUCUCGCCUUCUUCUACUUGUGGCUUUGGCCGUCAUGACCGCAUACGUCGCCGCCCAUGGACAUGGACAGCCCCCUAUCUUCGAGUGCCAGGAGGACGGUGUCUUCGUCGACUACUACAGGGACUGCCAAGUGUACUACAAUUGCAAGGAUGGCGAAAAGACCAUGUCCGGCUGCCACGAUGGGUACCGCUUUGACCUCGAGACGCUCACCUGUCGACCCCCGAGCGAGGUCAGCUGUCCCUACCCUGAACUCGAGUGAAGAGGUCAGAGGAAAGAAAAGAGAUAGAGAGAGGGAAAAAUUAAACGAAAAUAAAAUUAUGAAUGGAGAUACCAGAGAAAGUGAUUGAGAGAUCAGUUUUUUUAGGUUAUUUUAAAUGUACGCUAACUGUUAUUUUAGAACGUAUGUACUUUUUAAUUUAAGAAUAUUUGUAUCAAAAUUGGAACAAUAAACUCGAUUCAGCAAUGUG